AUGAACGCGUUUAAGGCAAAGUUGUUGGAUGAUAUGGACGCAGAAUUUGGAGUUGAUACAAUGAUUGAAGACGAGAAGAAACGAAGGGCCGAAAAUAUUCAGAAGAAGAAACGUCAGCAAAAACAGAAAUCAGAUACGGCUGGCUUAGUGGUAGGACACUCGAAGGAGGAUUUCCUCGAAGGCAACGAAACUGUUCUGGUGCUAGAGGAUCGAGAUGUGCUGGCUGAGGGUGAUGAAGUUUUGGUGAAUCCGAAUAUUGUUGAUAAUACGAAAUACGCGAAGAAUGCUGAAUUGAGAAAGAAGAAGGGUUCAUAUCAACCGUACCCAGAGGAAUCGCUGGAUGAUUACGGAGUGCAAAAGGCGAAAACUGUACUGUCGAAAUAUGAUGAAGAGUUGGAAGGUGAGGAACGACAAAUGUUCCGAUUGGAUGAAAGUGGUGAGGUGGACCUGGAGAAGGAACGUCAGGAGAUGUUGAUACGAAAGAAUCUUAUGAUGGCAAAUAAACGAUUAGAAUCUAUCGAGAACCAGAAAUAUAGAGUUGCGAGUGAAUUCUAUACAGCGGAAGAGAUGAUAUCAUUCCGACGACCAAGCAAGAAGAAAGAUGGCAAGAAAUUGAGGAAACGAAAAGUGAGAGUGUUAAGAGCUGAUGAUCUGGUACCGGAAGAGACAACACAAGAGGAUGAAAAAGCGAGGGCAUUAAGACUGGCUGCUCAUAAAGUGGGAUCUUUGGCUCAUAAAGUUAAGCAAGAAACGGCAGCUGAGGUAGAC